CCUCCUCCUCCUCCUUCUCCCCCCUCGCAGUUCAGAUCCGUCCGCCGGGAUCCGCGGCGCGCGAUGCGGUAGAGGAGCAGAGGGGCGCGCGGACGGUGAAAAUGCCGUCGGGGGUGUAGAGGGCUGAGCGUCCAACAUCCACCCCCCCCCCUCCCGAGCGGCGCCGAGCUCGCAGCCUUCGCCGAGCGGCCUGAAAACACACAAGAUGUCGACCAGAACGCCAUUGCCCACCGUGAACGAGCGCGACACCGAGAACCACACCUCUGUUGACGGCUACCAUGGACCACCAGUCCCCCCAGCCAAGUCGAGCAGUCGACAGAGCCUCCCGCGCUGCCGCAACUCGGUCACCUCAGCCACAGAUGAGCAACCACACGUGGGCAACUAUCGGCUCCUCAAGACCAUCGGGAAGGGCAACUUCGCCAAGGUGAAGCUGGCGCGGCACGUCCUGACCGGAAGAGAGGUUGCUGUGAAGAUCAUAGACAAAACGCAGCUGAACCCAACCAGUCUACAGAAGCUCUUUCGGGAAGUCAGGAUAAUGAAGAUCUUGAACCACCCCAAUAUAGUUAAAUUAUUUGAAGUGAUCGAAACGGAAAAGACACUUUAUUUAGUAAUGGAGUACGCCAGUGGAGGUGAGGUGUUUGACUACUUGGUGGCCCACGGGAGGAUGAAAGAGAAGGAAGCGAGGGCCAAGUUCCGCCAGAUCGUUUCUGCAGUGCAGUAUUGUCAUCAGAAACGGAUAGUGCACAGAGACCUAAAGGCAGAGAACCUGCUGCUGGAUGCCGACAUGAACAUUAAAAUCGCUGACUUUGGCUUCAGCAACGAGUUCACCGUUGGCAACAAGCUGGACACGUUCUGCGGCAGCCCUCCAUAUGCUGCCCCCGAGCUCUUCCAGGGCAAGAAGUAUGAUGGUCCAGAGGUAGAUGUGUGGAGCCUGGGGGUCAUCCUGUACACGCUGGUCAGUGGAUCCCUCCCUUUUGAUGGCCAGAACCUCAAGGAGCUGCGGGAGAGGGUGCUGCGAGGGAAGUACCGCAUCCCAUUCUACAUGUCCACCGACUGCGAGAACCUUCUGAAGAAGCUGCUGGUGCUGAACCCUGUGAAACGCGGCAGUCUGGAGCAAGUAAUGAAGGAUCACUGGAUGAAUGUGGGCCAUGAAGAGGAGGAGCUGAAGCCAUAUAUCGAACCUGAGCCGGACUUCAACGACUCCAAAAGGAUAGAUCUAAUGGUCACGAUGGGAUUCCCAAAAGACGAGAUCACGGAGUCGCUGGUAGGACAGAAGUAUGACGAGGUCAUGGCCACUUACCUUCUGCUGGGUCGGAAACCUCCCGAGUUUGAAGGCAGCGAGUCCCUGUCCAGCAGCAACCUGUGUCAAAGGUCACGACCAAGCAGCGACCUCAACAACAGCUCCACGCAGUCCCCCGCCCACUCCAAGGUUCAGCGCAGCAUAUCGGCCAACCAGAAGCAGCGUCGCUUCAGUGAUCACGUUGGGCCCACCAUUCCCCCAGUGGUCUCCCAUGCCAAACGGCCUCAGGCCAACAGUGUGGAGGGUGAUCAGAAGGAAGACUGGGACAGCUCCCGCAAGCUGGGCACCUCCAGCUCCAAGGGCGAGAUGCCUACCUCCCCGGGGGCGCUUCCCGACCGGAAGAAGUCCUCCACGGCGGCAGGGGCCAACUCUCUCUCGGGAGGGGCAAUGACCCGCAGGAACACCUAUGUGUGCGAGCGCUCCAGCACUGACCGCUACGCUCCCAUUCCCAACGGCAAGGAGAGCAGUCUGACGGAGAUGUCCGCAUGUGCCAGCAGCACCCCCUCCUCUGCUGGGGUGGCUACCGCCAUGCCCUCCACUCGGCCCCGCCAUGUCAAGUCCAUGUCUGCGUCAGGCCACCCCGGUAAAGCCACACUGCCGCCCAUCGAGGACAACAGCGAGUUUAGGCCCAGCUCUGCCCCCCGUGCCCCGGCUGCCUCCCCUUCGGCCCACAGCAUCAGCAGCGCUACGCCUGACCGGACCCGCUUUCCUCGGGGCAGCUCUAGCCGCAGCACCUUCCAUGGCGCCCAGCUGCGGGACCGGCGCAGCGCCACUUACAAUGGACCUCCUGCCUCACCCACUUUGUCGCACGACACAGCUGCGCUGGCCCAGGCCCGCCGCGGUACCUCCACCGGCAUCAUCAGCAAAAUCACCUCCAAGUUUGUCCGCAGGGUUCCGAGCGAAGGCGAGGCCAGUGGCCGGACAGACUCCGUCAGGAGUGCCUCCGGGGAGUCGAAGGAGGAGGGCCGGGAUUCGAAGCCCCGCUCGCUGCGCUUCACGUGGAGCAUGAAGACGACCAGCUCCAUGGACCCCAACGACAUGAUGCGCGAGAUCCGCAAGGUGCUGGACGCCAACAACUGCGACUACGAGCAGCGCGAGCGCUUCCUGCUCUUCUGCGUUCACGGCGACGGCCACGCCCACGCAGAGAACCUGGUCCAGUGGGAGAUGGAGGUGUGCAAGCUGCCGCGCCUCUCGCUCAACGGCGUGCGCUUCAAGCGGAUAUCGGGCACCUCCAUCGCCUUCAAGAACAUCGCCUCCAAGAUCGCCAACGAGCUCAAGCUUUGAGGCUGACCUGUGGAGGGACACCUCGAGACAGGAGACACCCCACACCCCUCCCGCCCGUGCUUCAGCAGACAUCAGGGUUGACCUCCAGGUACAGCCUUUGCAUCGAAUGUACAGGGUACCGCUAUUAGAGACUGCUGUUUGCCCAACGAAGGAAACAAAAGCAGGAAAAGUCAUCGCUGUCCACGAUUCCCCAUCCCACCAUGGCACCUCCACACACUUCUUCACCCCCACUGUAGCGCAGGUGAUGAAAAGUUAACCCUCACUGCAAUAAGGUUUAACAUUUCUUAUAAAUUACUUUUAAAGUUCCGUUCUGUCUGCGGGAGAAGCCCAGUGGGAGGCAGGAAGGACAGCUCUUUUUCCACUUGUACAGGUAAAAGCGUAGAACAUACUGCUGAGUUGUACUGUAUGUUCAUAAGAGUUGUACAAUAUGAGAAUCUUUUAGCGUAACAUCUACAGGUAUUGUAUAGUUGACUUGUGUACAGAAAGUGUAUGUCUAGUGUCUGAAGCCAUCGCUUUUGAGUUUGAAGUUUUUUCCUGAUAUUGACACCUGUUAAAAUGAUAGAAAUCCACUCUGUGAAUUUUUUUUUAAUUGAUAAAAACUGAGAAUAAAGAUUUUGAAAUGACUUUUGAUGCUUAAAAGAAGGUAUUAUUUCAAUAUUGGAGAAAUGUUGGAUAACAAAUACAGUAGUUAUUGGAGUCAUAUGCUUUGAUACACCUGGCCUGAUCCUUCUUACCUGUGUUGUAUUUCACCAUCUCCACAUUUCAUCCUUUGUUUAAAGGAGAAAAAUAAAAAACUGAAAGUAGCAUCCCAUCGGUCAUCCUUGGAGCUUUGCAAUUGAAAUUUUGGCAUUCUUCUCCGUUUUUCUCCACCAACCAGUACAAAGGAUAUUGUGACGUGAUGGUCUUAAUGCAGUUGCACAAUUAUCUGUGGAUCGCGUGUGUUAAAAUUGCUUUGGGAAAUUUAAGUCAGACAGUUGUGUAGGACUUCAUCCAUGAGUUUUUAUUAGAGUAGCUCUUGAAUUUGCCUUCCAGUGAUUGUACAGUUACUUGUUGCAAUUUUUUGCUUGUUUGUGCUGGAUAUUUUUUUUUUUUUUAGCAAACUUAUUGUAUUUAUUCUGUCACAUUAUGCCUGUAAUGUGCUGCUUUGUAAUUUUGAGGCAUUCAUCUGUAAAAGACUAAAAAUAGGAUUUUUUUGAUUUUGUUUAGGUUUAUCCCCUUUGCAAUUAGUUUAUGAUUAAAGUAUGUAAAGCAACUAGUUUUAUGGUACAUUUUCACCUUUUAAUUAAACAUCGGGUUAACUGUGCAAUGGCAUUUCAUGAUUAAAUACUGUAAUACUUGCGUAUGGUCCCAAAUCCCACAUAUUAACUGUUAAACAAUAGGAAAAUGGUUCACAUUUGUUUUCUGAUUUAGAAAGAGGAUUUAAGAUAUUCAAAAAAAGAAGCUGUGAUGAUCUUGAGAACCAUCAUGAAGAGGAGCAUUUUGGGUCGGCGGUGGAGGACUGUGCUGUAUCGUGACGUGUGAUGUAAGUUCCUCCCUGCGAAGGCGCUGCUCCGGAGCGGACAUUCAUUCUGUUGCCUUAGCUGACAGCGACACGACGGAAGCGGAAGAGGGACACAGUGAGGACAUUAUUCCCUUUCUGCCCCCCCGACCCCCAUCCCCCAAUUACCCCGGUGUUCAUAUGAGGACAUUUGAUGCCACUCAUCUCGAUUCAGUCUCACUGGUGCACAUUAUUAAAACUUGAA